CUAAUUCUGUUUAUAAGCUUUUCAAAACAUCCAAAAUUUCUUGCAGCGGCAAAGCAAUAUGACGACUAUACCGGGAAGAGCUCUACACUACGUUUUCAAGAUUGGUGACCGUGCCAGGAAUGCGUUCUUCUUUCGCAACAUACUGGGAAUGCAGGUAUUGCGGCAUGAGGAGUUCAAGGAAGGCUGCGAUGCGGAAUGCAAUGGGCCUUAUGACAAUCGCUGGAGCAAGACCAUGGUUGGCUAUGGCCCGGAGAAUACGCAUUUUGUCAUCGAGCUGACCUACAACUAUGGCGUCAAGAGCUACGAGAUGGGCAACGACUUUGGUGGCAUUACGAUUUAUUCCAAGGAUAUAUUAAAGCGUGCCGCUCAAAAUUCCUAUCCGGUUGCCAAGCAGGGCGAUAGCAAUGUGCUGACCUCGCCAGAUGGCUAUAAUUUUUAUAUUGUUGAGUCAUCGCCCACUGCCAGCUCGGAUCCAGUGCAACAGGUUGAGCUGAAUGUUACCAACUUGGCCGCAACGCGCAAAUACUGGCACGAGCUGCUCAACAUGAACCUGGUCAAUGAGACGGAUAAUUCGAUUUUGCUUGCUUAUAAUGCCAAGCAGACCUCUCUGCGCCUCACGCUUCUAAAUAAGCCCCUGAACCGAGCCAAGGCCUAUGGGCGCAUUGCAUUUGCGGUACCCGGCUCUGUGCAGAAACCAUUAUUCGAUGCCGUAACAAAAGCGGGCGGCACCAUACUGAAGCCACUGAUUACACUGGAUACGCCCGGCAAGGCAACGGUUACGGUUCUAAUUUUGGCCGAUCCUGAUGGUCAUGAGAUAUGCUUUGUUGACGAGGAGGGCUUCACAGAGCUUUCAGAGCUGGAGCCAAAUGCUGGUGACCAAUUGGACAAGUACAUACGCAAGGAUCCAUUCCAGGAGAAUAAGUAGACGCGAGCCGUUUAUUAUUAUGAGAACUUGUUGAAAAUCUUGCAUUCAAAUUAGAAAACAUAUUUUUUUGUUGUAA